AUGAAGGUCCUCGUCCUCGCCAUGGCACUCGCCUACGGCGUGUCGGACUACGUGGAAGGUGGCGUCAUAACCGCCGUAAUCGUAGCCAACAUCCUUAUCGGAUUCUACCAAGAAUAUCGCGCCGAACAAAAGAUGGAUGCACUCCGCAGCCUCUCCUCGCCAUCUGCCACCGUAAUCCGGGACGGCCAGACGAACACCAUCCCUUCUACGGAGGUAGUUCCUGGAGACAUUGUGCUUGUCAAAACCGGCGAUACGGUGCCUGCCGAUUUGAGGUUGAUAGAUGGCAUGAAUCUAGAAUGUGACGAGAAGAUUCUCACCGGUGAAGCCAUCCCAGUCGCCAAGGAUGCUGAGUUUGAGAUUCAGGAGAAAAAAAGAGAUACGAAAAGAGCCGAAUUCGAAACAGGCGUUGGCGACAGAUUGAAUAUGGUCUAUUCUUCGUCAACGGUCACCAAGGGACGAGGCAAGGCCAUCGUUGUGUAUACGGGCAUGUUUACUGAGAUUGGCAAGAUUGCAUCGUCCAUGCAAAAGAACGGUAGGAAUGUUGCUGGCCGCAGAAACAGAUCCAUGUCCGUCAAGAAAUACGGUCCUGUGCAGGCUGUCAGAGGCGGUGGCUUGAGGGUUUGGGAUGCGCUAGGCAAAUUCCUCGGUCUUACUACUGGCACUCCUUUGCAGAUCAAACUGAGCAAGUUGGCAUAUUGCUUGUUUGGCCUUGCAAUUAUUUUCGCCAUUAUUGUGUUUGGCGUAAACAAAUUUCACGUCACGAAUGAAGUUGCUAUCUAUGCUAUAUCUACUGGUAUUGCUAUCAUACCCGAGUCUCUCAUUGCAGUCUUGACAAUUACCAUGGUCGUUGGCAUGACCCAGAUGCACAAACGCCGUGUCGUUAUCCGCCAGCUUUCAGCCCUCGAGGCGCUAGGAGGGGUUACGAAUAUUUGUAGCGAUAAAACUGGCACCCUCACACAGGGUCAGAUGGUGACGAGAAAGGCGUGGAUUCCAGGCAUUGGCACAUACAGUGUUAAUCAGUCUGAUGAUGCUAGCGAUCCUUCCCGGGGAUUUGUCUCUCUGAGCCCUGUCUCAGAUGAGGAGAGUCGGGAUAUCAACAAUGCCAGUUCUACGAGGCCGGCAGCGCUAUCCUUUGACGAGAAACAAGAUAAUACAGACACGCAGGCUAAAGAACAGCCAGUUUCCGAAGUAACAUCGGAACUGGAAAAGUUCCUGCUCGCAUCUUCUCUGUGUAAUCUUGCAACAGUGCGGUACGACGACGCUGCAGCAAAAUGGCAGACCAUGGGCGACCCGACUGAAAUCGCAUUACAGGUCUUUGCCCACCGCUUCGGAUACGGGAAGAAAGUCCUUGAAACGGAGCAUGGCUGGAAGGAAAUUGCCGAGUAUCCCUUCGAUAGCGCAAUCAAACGGAUGUCUGUCAUCUACAGCAAGGGAUCCGACGAACCGGUGAUAUUUGUCAAAGGUGCCGUGGAACGCAUUAUCGAUCUAUGCACGUCUGUUGGAAUCGAGAACCAUCAAGAGGAGAUGACAUCUGAUAUGAAGGACGAGAUUCUUCAACAGAUGAGGACUCUUGCAGAUCAGGGCUUACGGGUUCUUGCCAUCGCCAGGAGGCCAGUACCUACCGGAUACCAGAAGGGCGACGAGCUGCAUCGUGAGGCUGUUGAAGAAGAAUUAAAUCUGCUCGGUCUAGCUGGACUGUACGAUCCACCAAGAGUGGAGACCAAGGGUGCUAUCAAAGAAUGUGCAAAUGCAGGAAUUCGUGUCCAUAUGUUGACGGGAGACCAUCCAUCCACAGCAAGUGCAAUUGCAAGGGAAGUUGGUAUUAUUCCGAGGUUUCCAGGGUCCCUCUCGGCCGAAGAAGAAGCUUCUUUAGUCAAAACUGCCGCCGAAUUCGACGGCAUGACCGAUGAUCAGAUCGAUGCAAUGCCAACCUUGCCGCUAGUCAUCGCUCGAUGUGCCCCCGACACAAAGACAAGGAUGAUCGCGGCACUACAUCGCCGCCGAGGCUUUUGCGCCAUGACAGGUGAUGGUGUCAACGACGCGCCAUCACUGCAGGCUGCCGAUGUAGGCAUUGCGAUGGGCAUGGGCGGUUCGGAUGUGGCUAAAUCGGCGUCUGACAUAGUCCUCACAGACGACAAUUUUGCCAGCAUUGUCAAUGCGAUUGAGGAAGGGCGACGGAUGUUUGACAAUAUUCAAAAGUUCGUGCUGCAUUUGCUUGCGUCGAAUGUGGCCGAAGUCGUGCUGUUAAUUGUUGGCCUGGCCUUUCAAGAUAGCGACGGCGUAUCCGUCUUCCCACUCUCUCCGCUGCAAAUUCUUUGGAUCAAUAUGUUGACUUCGUCCUUCCCUGCAUUCGGACUAGGUCGCGAGAAAGCGUCGGCUUCGGUGAUGCAGCGUCCCCCUCACAACAUGAAGAAAGGGGUUUUCACUUGGCAGGUCGUCGUAGACAUGAUUGUAUACGGGAUGAUCAUGGGAACGCUCACUCUACUCACAUUCGUGAUCAUCGUUUAUGGUGUGGGCAGCGGCACCUCCGACCUAGGAAUUGACUGUAACAGGAAAGAGUCCGACGCCUGUCAUGUUGUUUUCCGCGCGCGAGCUGCAGUCUUUGCAGAACUCACUUGGCUCAUACUGAUCUCAGCAUGGGAAUUUAAAAACAUCCGGAACAGCUUGUUCAAUCUUGAUCCGCUACGUGCUGCACAGAAAGAUACUCGUUUCCCGUUUUUUAGAGAUAUUUGGGAGAACCAUUUCCUCUUCUGGGCCGUGGUGAUCGGGGCAAUAUCUGUGUUUCCGGCAGUCUAUAUACCGGGCUUAAACACAGAUGUCUUCAAACACCAGGGAAUCUCCUGGGAAUGGGGGCUAUCCUUUGGCGCGGUAAUCAUUUUUGUCCUAUGCGCAGAGGCAUGGAAAGGAUUGAAACGUUGCACAGGUUGGUUCGGUGAGCAUGAAAGCGGAGGCUAUACCUCCGCCUCUGAAUCGGACAUUGGGCUGAAACAUGGCCUUUCCAGCCCUAAGAGGUCUUUGACCAAGGGCAGCCAUGGAAGCUUCUGGACAGACAGUCGAAGAACCAGCAUGAGGAAGAGCGAGCCGACCGGGGAGAUGGAAGUUGUAUAG